ACGUGCGUCACACUAGCACUUCGCUGUCGUCGCGAUCAUUGCGGGGCAGCAAAAUCUCAGUCUUCAGUUUACAAUGAUUGUCUUUGCUAGAAUGCUAAAUGGGGUUUGUCAUUUGACGACAUUAAACUGUUUAAGGACUUUGAGUCACGCAGAAAAGACGUCUACUGCUGCAAAAUUAAGAACAGGAAUAUUACGUUUCAGGCUGAGAUAUGUCCUAUGGAUGGUGGCCCAGAGAAGCCAUGCAAGGUCAUACUGUUCGAAUAACAUUGGGCAUGCUAGUCAUGGGUCAACAUACACAACAUCACUUUUGAAAGCGCGGUUUGCCUAUCACAGAUUGAACAGAAAUGUUUCAUCUCAGAACACUCACAGUGUGAGUGUGAAAGAUGCAUCCAAGGAACACCAGCAGAAACCAGUGGAAGCAGAACGUUGCAAUGUAUCAAAGUUGGAGAAAACCCCCUCUCCCACGGAGCCAAGAACACAAGAGAACCCUGCUGAUGUGUCACAGCAGACUCCUGUUCUGACCAGGCCCACAUCCUUGCUAAGAAUUCCUGCUGCAGGUGAGGAUAAACGAGUCAACAAACAGAAUAAUAAAGCCUCAAGUCAGAAGGACGGACGGUUUUCAACAUCAGUAGCACCAUCACCUAUCAAGAAGAGAGCUACUGCAUCGGUCUCAACAAAUGCAUCAUCAUCAAAACAAACAUCAAAAGCAUCCCCAACAAGGAAGAAGGUGUCAAAGGAAAAGGUGCUGGUGUCACAUAAGAAAGGCCAAAACCCUCAGAAGAAUAUUUUGUCCUGUUCUGGCCAAGCAAAACUUUCAUCCACAAAACCAAACACUCAGAGCAAGGCUGAUGCAGGGAUCAAGGGAGCAAAAACUGGUAAUCAAAAUACAAAAAAGAGUAGCACGUCUAAACUUGAUAGGGGCAAAACUGCAUCGAUUCAGGCAAAGUCCAAAGGGGCAAGUAAAAGUAAACCUGAGACAGGAAACCAGCAAACUUUGACUGGUAACCAAACUCUAGUUGGGAACAGUUCAACCAGUCACAAGGAAGCAGCAAUCAUGUCAGCUGUGUCACAAUCUCAUUUGGCAAAUUAUGCCAAAUCUGAUACGAAGGCACACAGAAUAGAGACUAGCGCUCAACCUCACAAGAGUGAUUCAGCAAGUGACCCUGAUGGUUUGGGUCAGUCAUUUGGUCAAAGGUCAAGUCAAAGUGCAGGUCAAAAGUCAAGUAUGGCUACACAAGCAGCUGCUGACUCUGCCUAUUCAAACAGGAGUUCUACUAUGAAUCACCCUCUCAAUGGUGCAAUAGUAAGUGAAGCAAGUGCAAUUCCAAGUGAGCCUUUUAACUUGUUAACUGCCAGUAAGAGGAAUUACUUCAGCACAAUACAGUUCAAACACAUGAUACCGCCAAAAGUUGGAACGAGGAGCAAACUCCACAAAGGACUAAAUGAGUUCAGGGACGAGCACAAUGAAGCUACCUUUUUUGAUUCUGCAGUGGACAGAGACUUUAAUGUGGAUGAGGUGGUCCACACCAAAGUCCAGUCUAAAUCUAGCAAGGAGAAACGUCACUACUGGGGUAUUGUAAAAACCCCACAAGCUUACCUGCAACCCUUCAUGGAUGUCAGCAUCUUCUGUGGCAUGGUCCAGGAAGCGCAAGCGUUGUUUGACUCUGCCAGACAACAUGACCAACCACUAGAAACAGAUCAUUAUAACACUAUGCUGCAAGCAUGGGCAAGAAAAGGAGAUCUUCAACAGGUCCGGAAUUUGUUCUCUCAGAUGACUGCAAGUCAAGUGAAGCCAGACCUACAAUCUUAUGCUGCUGCAUUGGAAUGUAUGGGACGAAUGAAGGAUACUGACCGCAGCACUGUCACCAAAUGCCUAGAGCAAAUGGAAUCCGAGAAACUAUCAGUCUCUGAUAUCUUCAACGUCUGUAAAUUCACCAAUGAUAGUAGAGAGGUCAUCCUGCGUUUACUUCAAGAUGUCAUCCCAGGGUUCCAAGCCCCGCCUCCUUCACAGCGCCCUCAGUGCCAGCUACAAAUUGUUCAGGAUCUGUAUGGAGAAGGCAACUCAACAAGCAAGACCAAUGCAAGCUCUUCUGAUGUCAUCACCAAGGAAGAGAUUCUCUGCAAGCUAGAUGAACAGAUGGAUAUGGAGAAGACAGAGACAGUGAUGGUGCCGUCUAUAGAACAAGAGAAUCCUCUGACUAACCACACCCUUCAAAAGCGUGCUAUCUUGGAAGAGCAUCGACAGUUAUGGCAAAGUGCCUUAUUGACAGCCUUGAAAUUUGAAAUUCAGAAACUUGCCAAGAUAAAUAAGGUCAAACGAGCGACAGUUGGCAAGUUGAACUUCUACCCCUUCCUGUCCAUCAUGGAUCCCAAGGAGUAUGUAGAACUAAUGCUAGAAGCUUUACAGAACCUAGCUGUGUCAACAGAGGGCAGUAUGACAGUGUCACUGGCCAGAGAACUUGGUAACAGGGUCCAACGGAAAUUCUUCAUUCGAAGGAAGAUAAAGAUAGGUGUAGCCGACAAGUUACAGGAACUAUACAGACAGUAUGUGAGUGAGGGCGUUGGUUUGAAAGUUCUGAACUAUCGAGAACUGUGGCAGAGUCUUGAAGACAAGAACCCUGAAGGGCCCACUGUGGAUGCUGAUGUACAAGGCUGGCCUGCAAAUAUAAUUUUAGGGCUGGGAAGUCUUCUUGCUGACAUCAUGAUCAGAGAAGUCAAGAUUAAUAUAAACAUGGUCAACAGCAAGAAAGAGAAAAAAAUGAUUCCAGCUUUGUAUUACAUGUACACCUACAGGAGUUUCAAGCAAGUUGGAUAUGUGAAGCCACACCCAUCCCUCGUUGAGUUGCUUCAGCAAGCCAAGAAAUCCCAGAUGCCAUUUGAGAGCAACCUUCUGCCUAUGCUAACCCCUCCCAUCCCAUGGACCUCUGUCAAGUUCGGAGCUUAUCCUCUCAGUACCACUAAGAUCAUGCGUUGUAAAGACGGCACAGCCCAACAUCAGCUUCUACUGGAGAAGACUAAGUCAGCUGAGUUGUAUCCAGUACUAGAUUCUCUCAACCAACUAGCAACUGUACCAUGGAAAGUCAACAAACCCAUUCUCGACAUAAUCAUGGCUGUGUUUAGGGAAGGAGGAAGUGAAGUGUUGGACAUACCCCAGCCACCAUCUGUGCUCGCUCCUGUACCCAAACCGACAGGAGAGGCCACUGCAGAAGAACUGGCAAAGGUUCAAAAAGAGAGGGCAGCAUUGCGCAAGAAGCAGGCAGAGAUGCAUUCACUACGCAUGGACAUGUUAUAUAAGUUGUCCAUUGCUGAUAAGUAUCGUGAUGAAGUGACGUGGUUUCCACAAAACAUGGACUUCCGUGGGCGUGUCUACCCCUGCCCUCCUUACCUUAAUCACAUGGGCAGUGAUGUCAGCAGGAGCAUUCUAUUAUUUGCUAAGGGGUUACCAUUAGGGAAGGAUGGGCUAGAUUGGCUGAAAAUUCAUCUGGUGAAUCUGACAGGACACAAAAAAAGGUGUUCAUUGGCUGAGAGAUUAAAAUAUGCAAAUGAGAUGAUGCCAAAAAUUAGCGACUCGGCUGAAAAUCCACUGAAUGGAUUUGGCUGGUGGACAACUGCUGAAGAUAAGUGGCAGGUCUUGGCUUGCUGUAUGGAGAUCAACAAGAUUAUGAAACACCCUGGAGAUCCCAGUACAUAUGUCAGUCACCUACCGAUACACCAGGAUGGUUCGUGUAACGGUCUUCAACAUUAUGCAGCCUUAGGUCGAGAUGUCGUAGGAGCACGGCAGGUUAAUCUAACUGAUACAGAAGCACCCCAAGAUGUCUACAGUGGAGUGGCAGAAAUGGUUGGAGACAUUUGCAAGAGAGAUGCACAAAAUGGAGUGCAUCUGGCUCGCAUGCUGUGUGGGCAAAUCCAUCGCAAGGUUGUCAAGCAGACCGUCAUGACGGUCGUGUAUGGAGUGACUCUCUAUGGAGGUAAGUUACAAAUCUUGAAGCAGUUGAAGGAGUCAAGCAACAUUCCUCCAGAACAGAUGCAGUAUGCCGCUGGAUAUCUGGUCCUCAAAGUCUUCCAAAGUCUGCGUCAGAUGUUUACCAAGACCAGAGAAAUACAGGAUUGGUUGACUGAGUGUGCUUGGCUGAUUUCCAAAGCUGGACAAACAGUUGAAUGGGUCACCCCACUAGGUUUACCAGUGGUCCAACCUUAUCAUAAGAAGAAUCUCCGAGUCAUUAGCCAUGCUGAUCGGAUCAUGUACCAUGAAGAUCGAACUGAUGACACAGAGCGGCCAGAUUCCAUGAAGCAGAAGAACGCUUUCCCACCUAAUUUCAUCCAUUCCCUUGACUCUACUCACAUGAUGCUGACAUCUCUCUAUUGCCACAAAGCUGGCAUAGACUUUGCCUCAGUGCAUGAUUGCUUUUGGACUCAUGCGUGCUGUGUCCCCGUCAUGAACAAAAUUUGCAGAGAGCAGUUUGUCAGGCUCCACAGUGAGGAAAUUCUUCAAGAUCUGGCAGACUUCCUGAUGCAAAAAUAUGGUCAUUUAAACAUAAUUAGCACUGCCAAGUUGUUGAAGACCAACCCAGAAAUGAAAACCAUCGGAGAUUAUAUCAUCCAGGUUCCUGAAAAAGGAAAAUUUGACCUCCAGAAAGUCUUGCAAUCAACAUUCUUCUUCAGUUGAUAACCCUUAAUAAGAGGAAGAGAUUUUAAAUUACCCUGUUUCCUAUGGAUGUGUGAUCUGUGCUCAGUGUUACUACUGAAAAUUCUGCCUACAGAAAAAUUCCACAUGGGCAAGUUCUUCAUGAAUGUAAAGUCAGUGUUGUACAAGCUACAAGCAUUGUAGAUUUAUCCUGUCUUAGCUUGAUGCAGUUGUGAGCUUGUCAGGUAGAAUAAACCUUUUGUGACUUAAAUUUGAAUAAAAUCUGGUACAUAUACACCAAGUUAUUUGAUUGCACAUAAACAUACCAACUUGAAUUCCC